AUGGCCAUGAUGGCGCCGCCGCCUAUGCUUGACGAUGCGGGCAAUGUCAAGGUCGUCGUGCGGUGCAGAGCUUUCGUACGGAGAGAGAAAGAGAAGGGCACGCAAUGUCUCAUCCGAAUGGAUCCUACAACUAACAAGACCACGCUCCUUGCCCCUGUUGACGAUUCGGAAUCCAACAUGCGAAGAGCAUACGAAGACAAAGAAUUCAUAUUCGACAAAUCAUUCUGGUCGCAUGAUGAAGCCGACCCAUAUUACGCGCACCAAGAGGAUGUUUACCGGUCGUUUGGUGAGGAGUUUUUGGAUCACAACUUCAAUGGGUACCACACAUGCAUUUUCGCGUACGGCCAAACGGGUUCAGGGAAGAGUUACACGAUGAUGGGCUCGCCAGAUAAUCCUGGUUUGAUCCCUCGAACCUGCGAGGAGCUGUUCGAGAGAAUUCGAGACGAGCCGACACCGAAUACGAGCUACCAUGUACAGGUGUCGUAUUUCGAAGUAUACAACGAGCAUGUCCGAGACCUCCUUUCGCCACGCACGAAUCCUGCUAUGUUCCUGAAGAUUCGCGAAUCUCCCAAGGACGGGGUGUACGUCCAAGGUUUGACGGAGACGGAGGUCAAGUCCUAUGCGGAUGUUGAACGAUUGAUGAGGGUCGGAGACUCGAGCCGAACGACAGCUUCAACCAAGAUGAACGACACAUCGUCGCGAUCGCACGCCGUGUUCACAAUCCGCCUCAAGCAAAUCACCCAUUCGCUCCUAUCAGACGAAACCAUCGAGCGCACUGCCCGCAUGAGGCUCGUGGAUCUUGCCGGCUCCGAGCGUGCAAAGUCUACAGAAGCCACAGGCCAGCGCCUGAAGGAAGGGGGCCAGAUCAACAAAUCGUUGACAACACUAGGGCGUGUCAUUGCUGCGCUAGCAGACCCAAAGAGACAGAAUAACAAGGGACGAAGACCGAGAGAAGUGGUACCGUUCCGAGACUCUGUCCUCACAUGGCUUCUCAAGGACAGUUUAGGCGGAAACAGCAAGACAGCCAUGGUAGCAUGUAUUGCUCCUGCGGAUUACGACGAGACAUUAUCCACCCUUCGAUACGCGGACCAAGCGAAACGCAUCCGUACGCGUGCUUCAGUCAACCAGGACUGCAUGUCCGCUGCACAGCGUGACGCACAGAUUGUGGAAAUGGCCGAACAGAUACGUUCCCUGCAGGUCAGCGUCAAUGCAGCCAGUAUCCGGAAGAGAGAGGAAGCCACAGAACUGGAAGAGUACCAACGACAGGUCUGCAUGAUGCAGCGCCUUGAGGAAGAGAACCGUAUGGUCAACGACUGCAGGAUUAAAGCCCUGACUGCCGAAGUCGAAGAAUUACGCCCCGUGAACAUCGCCUUACGCUCCGAAAUCGAUGCUCUGCGGCGUCAUUUGGCCCUAGCUCUGGGUGAACUGAAGAAUCCUAUCGUCUUACCUCCUCCACAGCCUGGCUCCCCCGAAAUCGAACAAGAUGGCUUCAUUCGGGUCGAUAAAAAGGGUGUGGAGCUGGGCGAGGAAGGUAAAGAGAAUUCUAUCCCCAUCCACUCUGAUGAUGAGAUGAGUGGGGAUGACUCGGAUUCAGGGUACGAUGAAGGCGAUCACGACGAGCUCGCGCAGGAGCUGCAGAACGAGGCCCAAGACUUCCUGAAAGAUCUGGGACUAUUCCGCAGGAAGGUCGGUGGCGAUGUGGAACGUUUUGGUGUGCGUCAGACUCUGCAUGAGAUCUUUGGGAACUGA